ACAACAUUACAAAAGAUAUAAUCAUGGCGGAAGUUUAGCGUCUGGCAAAAGUUGGCCUUGCUACAGAAAAGUGUAUUUUGAAAGGCAAUCAGAACCGAAAAUGUUUUCGAAAAAGCCAAAUCCAAAAGAGCAAGUGAAGCAGCAAAAACGGCAGCUUAACAAAGUCCAAAGGGAAAUGACACGGGAUAGAGGUGCACUUGAGAGGCAAGAAAAGCAACUGGAAAAUGAAAUUAAGAAGGCAGCAAAGGCUGGAAAUAAACAGCUUGCCACAACAUUGGCAAAACAACUUGUACAACUUCGAAAAACAAAGACACGCAAUCUUGCAGCCAGUGGAAAAAUAACUGCUGUUGGUCAUCAAGCAACAGCCAUGCAUGCUACUCAUAAAAUGGCUGGAUCAAUGCAAACAGCAACUAAGGCAAUGGGUGCCAUGAACAAACAUAUAUCACCAGAAGAACUGGCUAGAACACUUCAAGAAUUUGAGAAGGAGUCUGCAAAAAUGGAUAUGUCAGAAGAAAUGAUAAAUGACACAUUAGAAUCAGUCUUCGAUGAAUCUGGAGAUGAAGAGGAACAGGAUGCUGUUGUCUCUCAAGUUUUGGAUGAAAUUGGUAUUGAAAUCAGUGGAAAGCUGGCAGGUGCACCAAUGGCUUCAAAAUCAUUGCCUAAAGCUUCAAAGGCAACAUCAGAUGAAGACAAAGAAAUUGAAGAUAUGCUUGCCAAAUUAAAAGCUACAUAAAAAUAACACUUAUUUAAAACCAUUUUUUUUUAAAAA